AUGGCUAGUUCAAAACCAACAAUAUUUGUGCUCGGUUUCGGGUCAAUUGGUGCGAUGUUGGCGUCGCACCUGCAACAACAGACACAGGCCCUAAUUGUUCCACUGUUUCGAUCUGAGAAAAGACUCCAUGACUUCCAGGAGAAUCAAAAUGCUGUCGCUGUGACAAGUCUCUUCAAAGAGAGCCAAGAAUGUGUUAAAUCGGUUUUCGACCGAGCAAUUUGCCCGGAACGCAUUCCUGAUGGUUGUAAGAUCGAUAAUUUGAUUGUAACUACUAAAACAUAUCAGACGAAAGAGGCUAUUUCACCAUUGCUCAAGUAUCUACAUGCUGGAACCAAUGUCAUCUUAAUCCAAAAUGGAUUAGGAGUCUUUGAGACCGUUACCGAAGAAGUUUUCACAACCUUCCGCCCUCAACUCUUCCAAGGCGUUAUUUCGCAUGGUAUCUUUCAAGAUAAGCCGUUUUCGUUCAAGCACGCGGGUUUUGGAGACCUCAAAAUUGCACGGCUUCCCAUUGACGAAGUUCACGGUGUUGUUCAGUCAUUAGACGAGGUCGCGCAAGACGCCGCCAAAAACAUGCUUGUCCGCGCGCUGACCAACCCAAAUUUUGUAACCAGCAUGAACGUUAAGCAUCUAACUUACCAAGAACUUUUGCUCAGCCAACUUGAGAAAUUCUUGGUAAAUGCAUGCAUCAAUCCCAUUACUUCGAUCGUCGAUUGUAUCAAUGGUGAACUAGAGCACAUCGCCAGACCUAUCUUUGAUGCAAUCAUCACAGAGGCUUUGGAAAUCCUUAAAGUUGCUUACAAGCCUCUAUUCGAAUAUAAUGCCACCGGGCCAGGCUAUCCGAAGCUGGAUGUUCAUGGGAUUCUAGAGAGGAAGCGUCUGCUCGAUUUUAUUAUCCGCAUUGGGUGCGUGGUUAACGGAAAUAACAGCUCUUCCAUGAGACAAGAUACGCUUAAUCUGAGGGACACCGAAGUUGAAUACAUCAAUGGUUACAUUGUGAGGCUGGCUAAGUCAUUAGGGUUGCCUGCUUCGACUUUCAAGACCAAUCAAACGGUGGAGACUUUGGUAAACCUGAGACUUGGCCUCAACCGCUUGAGAUCCCAUAAAGUCUGA